AUGCGAGAAUUUUCGCCACCGAGUCAGGCAUGUUGCGCUCGAUUUAGGCCGGUUUUUUAUCCAUGGCAAUACCGCCGUUUAAGCCACUCAUACUAGCCCUCGUCGUGGCUGCUGUAGUGCUGGCGAAUCUGGCUAUCGUCGGACGACAUCGGCUCUUUGCAAAGCUUUCAACGUGCGACUGCAGCGCUUCCGUCAACCGAUCCGUCUACCCGGGAGAAAAAGAAAAACGCAGUGAGGUGGACGACCUAGCUAGAAGGCUCGUCCGAAUCGAGGCCUACUGCAAGAAAUACGCCGGCAUCUUACAGGCAGAGAGCUCUGUGGAUGACUCGGCGAACGUAAGCAGUUCAAUGUGCACACGUGGCCCGCGAUCUCUCUAUCUCGUGGACACUAGGCGCUUCGCAUUCUGUUCCGUACCGAAGGCUGCCACGUCGAGCAUCAAGGCCCUCGUCCUGCUGGCCGAGAACGUUUCCGCGGUGGCUGCCGACGCCGACGGCAUCUACAGCGCCUUCCGGCGAAGGUUUCGUGUCCGGUGCCCCAGCGCCUACGUGAGAGACCACCUCGUCGCCAACUACACAAAGGCUAUCACAGUGCGACACCCGUUUGAAAGACUGGUCUCGGCGUAUGUGAACAAGAUUCGCACUACACGGCCGAUGAUCGUGGGCGCCAAAAGAAUGUACAGAAGCGGCUUCCGUGGUAGUGGGCCCAACGGGACCUUCACGUUCGCCGAAUUCGUGAACAUCAUACUGAACACGUCUGCGGAGACCUGGGACCCGCAUUGGGCGCCCUACACCCGCCGAUGCCGGCCUUGUACCAUGAGGUACGACAUCAUUCUGAAGGUGGAAUCGCUUCACCGAGACCUGGCCUCCUUGCUGCCAAGGAUUGGACUAGCCGGCUGGUCGUUCCCAAAGAAGAACACAAAGACAGUUUCUGAAGAAUCCGACGCUGAUUCUGCGCAUUAUUUCGCAGAGCUCACGCGACAGCAGGCACCAAGGCUUGCUUGGAGAACAUUCCGCUUAAUCUGGACUCCGUUACAUGUCGCACAAUUGAACAUGGACGAGAAGAGAAAGACAACACGAACGCCGGCAAUAAAUCUGACUAUGGGCGGAAGUGCUACAUGCGUCGCUCCGAUACAAAUGUGCCUCAACUCAUCCAAAGUUAAGCGGAAGCUUUACGUCGGCCUUUGGAUGCUGGGAAGCAAGCGGAUGUAGAAAUUUUGCUCCUACAGGCCGAUCUUCUACCAACGGAUGCUGAACUGUUGGAUAAAACUGGUACCUCCAAAGGUUGACCAGCCCUACUUGAUCAGAGGCUGAUAGUCGGGGAUGAUUGCCGGCCGUUUCCUUCAAAGCACUACCCGAUACCACGAUGCAAACAGGCGGGAUACGAAUAUG